AUGUCUGGUGGCCCGUUCCCACACUUCGUGUGCCUUUGCUUUACUCGCACGUCCCGCAAGCGCGAGCGGAUGUUCCCCGCCGGGAGGAGACUGAUCACGACCCGCCGCCUGCUCGUGGGUGCGUCUGCGCUCAUCACGAUGCGUUGCUCCCGCGAGCCUUCGGGCUGCGACACGCUGCCAGCCGACCUUCCGAGCUGCCCGUUCCAGCCCGUGACGCCUCCUCCUCCGGCGGCGGCGACGUCAACUUCUUCUAUCCGUCCAGUGACGGUGGUGUAUCUUGCGCAGAGCCUCGACGGCUACAUUGCCCGACUAGAUGGUGGACUCGAUUGGUUUCCGUACCCAAAUGACGACUCGGAUGAAGAUCUUGGGUGGGCCGAAUUUUUCGCGGGCAUUAAUGCCGUGUUGACAGAUGAGCCCACAGGUGCAGAUUCCUCGCCCGAACCGCCCAGCCAGGUUCUCGACAACAUGGGGCGCGAAGGAAUCACGCGUGUCUAUCUGGACGGCUGGACGUGGAUUCACUCACUGCUGCGGGACGACCUUGUGGACGAGAUGAUCAUCACGACGGUGCCAGUGUUGAUCGGAGACGGCGUCCGCCUCUUUCCGCCUGGAGCCAUAACGGGCUCAGACAAGGCGUGGAUCGUCGACGGCGAGCCACGCGUGUACCCGGGGGGGCUCGUGAAGGUAACGUAUCGGAGGGAUCGGACUCGGGAAUUCUAUGGCCGUCUGCGCGAAGCACUGGCGGCGCUGGGCGGCUAA